AGCCUCCGCGCGGCAACGCUGGGUGAAGCGCAGCGCAGCGCAGCGCGGCGGCCUCUCCGCAACCGAGCGGCAGCGGCGGGUCAAGACAAAGAGGUGUGGGCAGGCCGCUGGGCCGGCUGGUGCCAUCCUUGCCAUCAUGGCAGGCUCAGAAAAAGUGAACAACUUCCCACCAUUGCCCAAAUUCAUCCCCCUGAAGCCAUGUUUCUACCAAGACUUUGAGGCAGACAUUCCUCCCCAGCAUCUCAGCAUGACCAAGCGCCUCUACUACCUCUGGAUGUUGAACAGCGUCACGCUGGCCGUGAACCUGGUGGGCUGUCUCGCGUGGCUGAUCGGAGGCGGGGGAGCCACCAACUUUGGCCUCGCCUUUCUCUGGCUCAUCCUCUUCACACCCUGCUCCUACGUCUGCUGGUUUCGGCCCAUUUACAAGGCCUUCAAGACUGACAGCUCCUUCAGCUUCAUGGCGUUCUUCUUCACCUUCAUGGCCCAGCUGGUCAUCAGCAUCAUCCAAGCCGUGGGCAUCCCAGGCUGGGGCGUCUGUGGCUGGAUCGCUACCAUCUCCUUCUUCGGAACAAAUGUUGGCUCAGCAGUGGUGAUGCUCAUUCCCACCAUCAUGUUCACGGUUGUGGCGGUGUUUUCCUUCAUUGCCCUCAGCAUGGUUCAUAAAUUCUACCGGGGCAGUGGGGGAGUUUUCAGCAAAGCUCAGGAGGAGUGGACCACGGGGGCAUGGAAGAACCCACACGUGCAGCAGGCGGCCCAGAAUGCAGCCAUGGGGGCGGCCCAGGGUGCCAUGAAUCAGCCGCAGACUCAGUAUUCCGCCACCCCCAACUACACGUACUCCAAUGAGAUGUGAGCCAGCCGAGCCAACCAGGAGGGCAGGGCUGGGGGUCCGUGGGACGGGGACUCAAGCCACAUUGUCGGUUGUGGUGACCAAGCAGGGUUCCCCCCUCCCUUUUCUCCUCCCCAACUUUGUACAAAGAAUCAGAGUUAUAUAUAUAUAUAUAUAUGUAUAUGUCUCCCCCCUUUCCCUGCUCCUUUGGAUUCUGUUCUCAGUACUCUGAGAGCUGUGGGCUGCACGUGGAGCUGUCCCGUGCAGUGGUAGCCAUGUAUGUGUCCCCUUGUGAAGUAGUAUGCAGUGGAGGUCUCUGUUGUUGUGGUGCUAGAUGUAUGUUUAGAACUAAACCAGCCCCCACCCUCCACCAGGCUGCCCCCUCUGACCUUGCCCUGGAGACCCCUUAUGGACCAGGGGGAGGAAUAGCAGAAAGCCUGGCCCCCUCCCCAGGGUUAUGAGCUAAAACUGUCUCCACUUUCGGUCUCACUGGGAAGCAACAGUAUUUAGCACUUAUGGGGGUGGGUAGGUAGUAGGGUGGGGACAGGCCAGGGAUCUUCCUUUGCUCCUUCGGAUCUGGUCUCCUCCCCCUCCCUUCCCUCCUCCUGGUGUCAGAUUCCCUGUGGCUUCUUUUUCUUGCCCAGGGUCUCUCCCAUCCCCAUGUGGCUUUUCUUUGUCUUUCCCAAGGCCAGGUGUCCCAGUGGUAUAUGCUCCUGAGACAGCCCAUUCCCAGAUCAAGGAAGAAGACAGGAGUGAGCCUUAGGCGUGAUGUGGGAGGGUACACGGCUGGAGAUGCACAGCCCACCUGGGUACCUCACUCCCAGGGAGUGGAAAUGCUGGGUCAUCUCAGAGCUUGGCCUGCAAGGGGGGGGGCUCCUUUCUUCUCUACCCUGCUUCCCCUCCUCUUCCCAGAGCCCCCUUGAGACCCUCUGCCUAUGUCCCUCCCCGUGCCCCCAGCUGCUAGCCUACCCCCAUCCCAUGCUAGGUGGCAUCUGUCAUCUGUGAGGUCCAAUUCCAUUGCCUUCUCUGAAGAGCUGGGUGGUAUCCAAGUAAUUUUCAGGUAUAAAGGUACGGCUGGAGCAGAGGAUAUAUAAAUAAUUAUUGGUCCCUGAGUGAGUUCUGACUGGCCCAAGGCCACUGGGCAGGUACGAGGUAUCUCUGAAUGACCAUUGGAUUCCUGGGAGCAGAUAGCUGUUCUGCUUGGGUCUGGUAGAGGGGCGGGCUCAGAGGGCUGGGCCUGGAGGGAAGAUGGGAGGAGAAGGCAGCCAGGACCCAGGGAGAGGAGAGCCUGCCUCCUCCCACCCCAGCUUGCUUUUAGUCACAGAGCAGUUCUGGGCACUUGAACUCAGGGCCCAGGAAGAAGCUCAUGCUCAGUCCUAUCCCUGAGCACAGUGGCUGGAAUGGGGUUUCAGAUUAGGUGGGGUGGGAGGGGACGCCUUCUGACAUUUUUUUUUUUCCCCCCAAAUCAAGAUCACCUACCCCCUUCUGCCUGUUAGACUUGGUCUUUGGACCUUUCUCACCCCGUCAGAACCCGCUUUCCCUUGCAGGGUAGUGAUUUAAGGCUACCUGGGGCUACUUGGGGCUGUUCUGUUCCAAGCAUUGUGAAAAUGUUGCUGGUAGAGGUCCUAGCUCUUUCUGAGGCCUAGAGGAAGUGGACUUUUUUACCCAAAGAGCAGCUGCCUGUUUUCUAUCCUCCCUUCUCCUGUCUGGAGGAGAUUUCAGGCUAUUUGACCUGAAAAUUUUGGCCAGCCCAGCUUGGUCACUCUGGGUUGGCUCCAGCUGGGAACCCAACACCUGUGCUUCCAGGUGCCAUCCUGAGCUUUGAGCUCCAGGCACUUCAUUUUUCCUAUAAGGGGAGCCAAGUCUUCUGAAAAGUUCUCUUCCUAAUGGUCCCUGAUGCUUGGGCCAGAGUAUGACUGACUCUCUGCUCUACCAUUUUCUCUCCAGAAAGCAGUUGUCCCAGCCUCUAUACCUAAAAAGAGACUCUAUGUCUAGGUUUUCUUCCCUUUUCCUUUCCCCUACCCUAGACCUCUGGCUCCCUUUCUCUUAGUGUAUCUGGUAGCUCCAGGAGGCCUGUGUGGUAGCGCUCAUUCCUGUUGGAUGCCAUCUGCAGUCAAUUUCCUGUCCUCCUUGCCUCUCUUCUUUCCUGGCCCAGACCUAUAUGGCCACGCCCUGGCUCUGCUCUUGGGAAGGCCUGCUACCUGUGUGUGACCCAGCUUGUCCAGGCCCUGGGAUGCUGCAUCUCUAGGCAACUAUGCACUUUCCUAGGGAGGGAACCAGUAUGAGAAUUGGGGGCUGGGCAUGAAUUCAUCUCCGCUGGAUGAUCUGUCUUGGGGGUGUGAUGGAGGAAGGCCCAGGUCACUUCUGGGAAUCCUCAGGUCUGGCCAGCCAGUGACCUGCUUUUGCAUUUUGCUGGUGCCUACUGCUCCUCCUUGUUUCUGGGAGACACAGACCAUUGUCCGCCUGGCAGUUGACCUGCCUGAGCUGUCUGUCUGUGGUAAUUGAGUGAACCAUAAUAAAGGGGAACAUUUGGCCCUGUG